AACGCGAUGAUCAGUUGGAUCUAGACUGGUAUUCAUAAUCUAUUAUUGAUCGUUAAUAAUAUGCACCACCCUUGUUCAUCAAAAGAGAGAGAGAAACAGGUUCAUACUGCCGAUCUUGUUCAUUUGUCAACGAUCGGUCAGAGUCGACUAAGUGGGAGAAACGCGACAUGAUUGGAGUUACAUCAGAAAAGCCCCACUUUCAGUCGAUUACAGGAUGCUGACACUCGGCUUGGUAACGAUGGAGAAGUGGGACGCUGAGCUCCAGUGGAGGGGUUCUGCCUUUCUAUAUAACUUCCCUACCUCCCCUCAUCACUUGGCAGUAUCCAAUAUUCUAUCUGCAUCUUCUCUCUGCAUUGACUCUCUCCUCAGCUCUUCUUUUCAAUUCAAUUCAAUCAAUCGAAUCCGUCACAAUGGCUCCCAAGAUCGCUAUCAUCUAUUACUCGAUGUACGGCCACAUCGUCAAGCUGGCCGAAGCCGAAAAGAAAGGCAUCGAAGCCGUGGGUGGCACAGCCGACAUCUACCAAAUCGCCGAGACCCUCCCAGAGGACGCCCUGACCAAAAUGCACGCUCCCGCAAAGGCCAGCCACCCCGUCGCCACAGUCGACACCGUCAAGGACUACGACGCCGUGCUCUUCGGCAUCCCCACCCGCUACGGUAACUUCCCCGCCCAGUGGAAGGCCUUCUGGGACCGCACCGGUGGCAUCUGGGCCUCGGGCGGCUACUGGGGUAAGUACGCCGGUCUGUUCGUCUCGACCGGUACCCAGGGCGGUGGUCAGGAGUCCACUUGUCUGGCGGCUAUGUCGACCCUGGCCCACCACGGCUUCAUCUAUGUGCCGCUUGGAUACAAGACUGUCUUCCCUCUGCUGGCCAACUUGAAUGAGGUCCACGGUGGCAGUGCUUGGGGUGCGGGUACUUUUGCCGGCCCCGACGGUUCGCGCCAGCCCACUCCCCUGGAGCUCGAGCUCGCCGAGAGCCAAGGCAAGGCCUUCUACGAGCACGUUGCUCGUGUCAACCACGCGUGACUACAUGAUAGCAACACUGCCACGGCCGCCUCAUCCCAGCCCUCGCAAACACAACAAAACCAGCAAAAACAACAACAACAACCCCCGCAGAAGAAUAGCCGCCCGAGCGGAGAGCAGCAGGCGAGCCGUGCGGCGAAGAGCGAGGAGGGGGGUCCGUGUGGAUUGCCCAAGAAGUGCACCAUCCUCUGAUUAUGGCAACGCGCUGUCAGACUCUCUUAUAUUUUAUACCCGGUGUGGUCAUGAUGGGUAUACAUCUAGAUCCUCUUGAAUAAUUAAUGAAUGCAUAUACUUAAAUUAUCGGUCUCUAUGAUAUUGUGGGAGUAGUGAUGGGAGACUGAUCAAGUGUACUGGGCUGCCUUUGGGACUCGGAGAUAAAACGACCUUAUCCUUGUCGGAUUGUUUUGAUACCUGCAGAUCGACAUUCCUUGGAUAUAAGAAGA